AUGUUUUCGGAUCACCCUGACGCCUACGUGGAAUUUCUCGGGUCGCGGUACCGCGGCAAAGAAGGCAUCAAGCGCCUCUACCAGGGACGCUUCCAAAAUACCUUCGUGAAGGGGCGCAACGGACCCGUAUACGGCUGGUUGUUAGACCACAUCAUGAUGCAGGAUAUUGUCGACGUUGACGAGUCGGGCACCCACGCCUGGUGCCGCAUGCGUGCCCUCAUGCAGGCCGGCACCCACCAAAGCAUUGAGGAGUACUACCCGCGUGGCCAUCGACAGUGGUGGGAGGGUGGCCUAUACGAGAACGAGUACAUCAAGGAGAACGGCGCGUGGAAGCUCUUCCGUUACCGCUACUUCCCCUUUUGGCACGCAGAAUUUGAGAAGGGCUGGAGUCACACGAAGAAGAACUACAUCCCGUGGCCGACUGUCACCUACCCGGAAGACCCUCUGGGCCCGGAUGAGAUCUUUGAGCAGAAGAUGCUCUGGCCCGACACUCGUGUCGUGCCCUUCCACUACCCCCAUCCUGUGACGGGCAAGCCUACAGCGCCGGAUGAUCUGCGCGCGCCUGUCUAUGGAACUGAUGUCGACACUAGCGAUCCGCCGCUGACGCUGGCAUUGCCCGAGGGACAGAGCAGGCCUGGGGCGACCGCGCGGGAGUCGAAACCCGGGGAGAAAGUGCUGCCGGAACUUGUCGAGAAUAAGGUGGAUUAA